AUGGAGAGCACAGAGGUGGAGUCGGACAUCCUGCGCCGUGUCCGCACACUACUGCGAGAGCUGGACGGGCACCACCCUGCCUGCCAGUGCGACCGAGGGAUGCUGCGAUGGACCCUGCAUAAAAAAAUCGACCAGAAUCCCAGUAACAGCUCCGUCCUGAUCAAGAUCCUGGUGAAGGAGCUGGAAAGGGCAGAGCGAGGUGACUUCAGACAUUACAUCAUCCCCUUGCUGCACACGCUGAUGUACACCUUGAUAAAGGCUCCCUCCAUCUCCGACGAGCUCUGCAGCAGAGUGUACGAUUUCUGUAAGAAGCUGCUCACCCUGCCCAAGCCUUUCUGCACCAUUGGUUUGGACUAUGCCACCAGGCUGAAGAUGGAAAGGACAGCACCGGGUACGUUGUACCAAAGAAUGGUCAUUUCCGAACAGAGUCUUAAAAGCGACCCGUACCCUUACCAGGAAAAGAUUUUCAUCUUUGCCGACCCAGAGCUGCUCUCCGAAGCCAUCUGCAACGCACUGGUCACUGACACAGAGGCAGCUCAGAUGUCCCAGAGCCCCCGGGCAUGCAUGUGCUACGUGAUCAUCCAUGCCAUGCAGGCAGCCCUAGGCGAGGGCUGCGACGUCAGUGACUUGAAGAGGAGCCUCCAGGCGAUGCCCACGGGCGACGUCGAGCACUGGUUCCGGCAAGUGGUGGCAGCAGUUGAGUGUGCAGGACACGAGGUGAGCGCAGACCGUGGCCAGCACGCAGCGAGGCUGGAGAAGAUUUACCGCGCUGUCCUCAGCUCCUUGCGAGCAGGUGAUGCUCCCUUGGGAGGGCUGCAGGGUACCCCUCUGCCCAACCCCACCAUCAGCUUUCACCUCUGGAGAGAAGACGACCAGCUCUGGAAGGAACUGGUGCUGUUCAUCCGCCCACUGUCGCAGAGCUGCGAGCCCGACUGCCUAAGCCAGGAUCUGGACAACUUCGAGAUCCAGGACAUCAUUUCCGAGUGCGAGUGCUGCGAGCAGACCCGCUUCUCCGUGCUCUCCACUGACAGCGGCAUUGAGCGAGAUCUGCCCGCGGCAGCCGAGGAGCUCCUUGCCCCUUGCAGCGCUGAGAUGGAGCAAUCCCGGCUCCAGAGGAAGGGUGGCAUUAAAAAAAAGCCAUCACCGCUGGAGAGCGUGGCCUUCCUGCAGGCUGGCUGCAAUGGUCCUGGGGUGAAGCCCCCGGUGAAGCUGCAGAGACCGGGCAUCCCUCCGGUGCCCGCGGCCCCGCUGCAGAGGCUGCACACUGCCCGGAUCGUGCUGCUGGGGGACGACCGGAUCCUGGGGCGCCUGGCCCAAGCCUACCAUUCUUUGAGGAAACGAGAAACACGACGAGUUUUCCUGACUCCCAGGCUGAACCUGCAGUUCUACUACAUCCCGGUUGUGACGGGGCAACCAAACACCUUGGCCGUUACGGACCAUGCUGCCACUGGCCAAGAGGAGCUCUGCGAGGUGGCCGGGUACCUGGGCAGAGCCGACCCGUGGUACGAGAGCAACAUCAACACGCUGCGCCACAUGAUUCCCAAGUUGGCCACCAUGCCUUCCUCUCCCAGCAAACAUCUUGUGACUGAUCUGUUCAUCACCGAUGUGAUCGCUUACUACGUUCGCAUGGGGAUCCAGCCCGUCUGCUUCCAGGUCUAUGCCGUGAAGAUUUUCUUCAAUGACCCGGCACAGGAGCCCGCCGAGGACGUGUUCCUCACGGAGUUGCGCACUCAAGUGCAGGAGAGCAUCUCCCACAGAGAGCUAAGCAUGACCAAGAAGAAAACAAACCUUGAUGGCCCUGGCAUAGAUCUCACAGUAUCAUACAGAAAGGUUGUGGUGAGCGACCGGGCGAAGGAGCUGGCUACGUCCCUGCGCUCCACAGGUCUGGUGAUGAAAGCCAUCGCUGCCGAUGAGGCUGAAGACCUGGUGUGUCUGAACGUGAACAUCACUGAAAUCGUUAGGAUCAACAACUUGUCGGGACGAUCGUUCUCAGCUGUGGCAAACAGGUUGAAAACACGCAAUAUCAAAAUCCGGAGCACAGAGCAGAGGCCCUUCACGGUGUGUCUGGACAAGGACAGCAGAAGAACCUACAGAAACGUGAUCAGCAUAGAAGUGUGUCCUUGCCUAGAGCCCAGCUACUGCUUGCAAAAGACCAGGACAAUGAAAUUCAGCCUGCACGAAACAGAAGAUGUGGGGCUUGUGAAAUACAUGCCCAAGUCUCUGCUGCUGCCCAUCAACACGUUUGCAGGCGUCAUCCAAUGA